AUGUCACGACAGGAACCAAAAAAUCAUUAUGAGCGCAUCGACCAACAUGUGAUGACGCAUUGGAAUUCAGCCCCAAACUCAACUAUCGAGACAACUCCAGAUAAAGGGCUGAUGCUGGCUCAAUUCGUGGCUUGUCAUUCUUAUCCAUCUAUCUUUUCUACUUAUGAAUUGACAAAAUCUAUUUUACCAUACCAAAACUGUCAAUAG